CCAAUUGAGGUUCUGAAGGAGGACAAAGGAAAUGUGGAGUGGGCAGUGGAGGAGUAACUGUGCUUUGCUUUUCUGUCUCCCGUAUUUUAUAGACAUACAUUUGGAACUUAGUGUAGCACAAAUUCUAAUUGGGCUUAAUAAUAAAAUCCUGGAGUCAGAUAUUGGGGGUAAAAGAACAGGAAACACAAGAAGAGGAACGUUUGAUGGAAGAAAAGAAAAAGAAAAAGCAGGAAGACAAGAAAAAGAAGGAAGGUGCUCAGAAAAAGGCUGCUGAUCCAAAAACCAAAGUGCCAGAACUUACUAAGACCUGUUCAAGCCAGCCCCAACCUGCCGGUACCAGUACCAGUACUUCCACCAGCACUCUCUCUAGCAGCAGCAAUGGCAAACGUUCAUCUGCCUGUGGCCAGCAGCCAGCUGCAUCCCGUUACCUGCCUCGGGAGGUGCCUCCACGCUUUCGCCAGCAAGAACAGAAGCAGCUGUUAAAGAGAGGCCAGCCAUUGCCUACAGGGACUCUGACCAGUGUGAGCCCAGCACAGGCUGCUAGACCUGCAGGAGCAAGCCCUCCUCCCCUCCCUGGAGCUGGGACACAGCAACAUCCCAGCAAACUCCAGCCAGAUCUUGGUCACAGUGGAUUGGCAGAUCAUUAUGAAAACUCCCAUUGGGGACAGCAGCCCUCUUACAGAAGUGAAGCCAACUGCAGCUGGGAUAAAGUGACCAUAGACAGGACUGACCAGGAGGUGUGGCCGUCCAUCCCAGUAACUGAGACUGAAUCUGCCUCAGAAUGUCCUACAGAUACUGACCCUGCCUCCAACUGUGGCUCAGAGAACAGUAGCAUGGCUACAGGGAGCGCCCAGGGCAGCUUCACAGGACAUCCCAAGAAGACAAAUGGCAAUAAUGGCACCAGUGGUGCGCUCGUCCAAAGCCCUUCGAAUCAGAGUGCCCUUGGGGCAAGUGGAACCAACGGGAAUGGAGGUGUGGCCAGAGUGUGGGGUGUAGCCACAGGCUCCAGCUCUGGCCUGACUCAUUGCUCUGUUGGUGGUGGAGAUGGAAAGAUGGACAACAUGAUCGGAGAUGGGAGAAGUCAAAAUUGUUGGGGUGCUUCCAACUCCAAUGCGGGCAUUAAUCUCAACCUUAAUCCUAAUGCCAACCCAGCUGCCUGGCCUGUACUCGGGCAUGAAGGAACUGUGGCAACAGGCAACCCUUCCAGUAUUUGCAGUCCAGUCAGUGCCAUAGGUCAGAAUAUGGGCAGCCAGAAUGGGAACCCAGUGGGCACCCUAGGUGCCUGGGGAAACUUGCUGCCCCAAGAGAGCACAGAACCACAGACGUCCACUUCUCAGAAUGUGUCUUUCAGCGUACAACCUCAGAACCUUAACACUGAUGGACCAAAUAACACUAACCCCAUGAACGCUUCACCAAACCCUAUCAAUGCAAUGCAGACAAACGGACUGCCAAACUGGGGCAUGGCUGUUGGUAUGGGGGCCGUCAUCCCGCCCCACCUGCAAGGCCUUCCUGGUGCUAACGGAUCAUCAGUCUCUCAAGGCAGUGGAAGUGGUGGGGAAGGAUUGGGCAGUUCUGUGUGGGGACUGUCCCCUGGAAACCCUACCACAGGAAACAACAAUUCUGGGUUUAAUCAGGGGAAUGGAGACACUGUGAACUCAGCAUUAAGUGCUAAACAGAAUGGAUCCAGCAGUGCUGUGCAAAAGGAAGGGAAUGGAGGGAGUGCCUGGGACUCGGGACCUCCUGCAGGUCCUGGCAUCCUUGCCUGGGGAAGGGGCAAUGGCAACAAUGGCAUUGGUAAUAUCCAUUCAGGAGCUUGGGGCCACCCCAGCCGAAGCUCUUCUAAUGGUGUGAAUGGGGAGUGGGGGAAGCCCCCAAACCAGCAUUCCAGUAGUGACAUCAAUGGGAAAGGAUCAACAGGGUGGGACAGUCCCAGUGCCGCCAGCCAGACACCUGCCUUGCAGCCUGGCAGUGAACACAUGAACUCAUGGGCCAAAGCCGCAUCUUCUGGAACUACAAGUGAAGGAAGCAGCGAUGGGUCUGGCAAUCACAAUGAAGGAAGCACUGGGAGGGAAGGAACAGGAGAGGGCAGGAGGCGAGACAAGGGGGUUCUAGACCAAGGGCACAUCCAGUUGCCAAGGAACGAUCUUGACCCAAGAGUUCUGUCUAAUACUGGUUGGGGACAGACUCCUGUAAAGCAAAACACUGCCUGGGAAUUUGAAGAGUCCCCCAGGUCUGAGAGGAAAAAUGACAAUGGGACAGAGGCCUGGGGUAGUGCAGCUACUCAGCCUUCAAACUCAGGGGGGAAGAGUGAUGGGUCCAUCAUGAACAGUACAAAUACCUCUUCAGUAUCGGGGUGGGUCAGCUCGCCACCUGCCGCCGUGCCAGCAAACACAAGCUGGGGAGACAGCAACAACAAAGCGCCAACUGGCCCAGGAGUUUGGGGGGACUCAAUAAGCUCUACUGCUGUUAACAAUGCUGCUGCCACCAAGAGUGGCCAUGCUUGGAGUGGGACCGUAAACCAAGAGGACAAAUCACCCACCUGGGGUGAGCCUCAGAAACCCAAAUCCCAAAACUGGGGAGAUGGACAAAGAGCAAACCCAGCCUGGAGUGCAGGAGCAGGAGACUGGGCAGAUUCAUCAUCUGUCCUUGGACAUCUAGGGGAUGGGAAGAAAAAUGGAUCUGGAUGGGAUGCUGAUGGUAAUAGGUCAGGGUCUGGUUGGAAUGAUGCCACGAGAUCUGGGACCAGUGGCUGGGGCAGCGGCACAAAUGCUAAGGUGAAUCCAGGUACAAAUUGGGGGGAGUCUCUCAAGACUGGUACCCAGCAGAACUGGGCUCACAAGCCUCAAGACAACAAUGUGAGUAACUGGGGAGGAGCUGCUUCUGUUAAGCAGACAGGGACAGGGUGGAUUGGGGGGCCACUGCCAGUCAAGCAGAAGGACAACAGUGAGGCAACUGGCUGGGAGGAGCCUUCCCCACCAUCCAUCCGACGCAAAAUGGAAAUUGAUGAUGGUACCUCAGCUUGGGGGGACCCAAGCACCUACAACAAUAAAACUGUAAACAUGUGGGACAGAAACAAUCCAGUCAUCCAGAGCAGUACCACAACCCCGGCCACUCCCACGACCCCCACCUCGAGCAGCACCACACACCAGGCCGAGACGCCACCUUCACACCAGGCUGGCACUCAGCUGAAUCGGUCACCACUGCUCGGGCCAGUUUCAUCCGGCUGGGGAGAAAUGCCCAGUGUUCACUCCAAGGCUGAGAACUCAUGGGGAGAGCGAUCCUCCCCAUCUCCCCUAGUCGACAAUGGCACAGCAGCGUGGGGGAAGCCUCCCAGCAGUGGCAGUGGAUGGGAUCAUCCUGCUGAACCAGUGGUGCCAUUUGGAAGAGCUAGCGCUCCUGCUGCUGCCCCAGCCCUGUGCAAACCAGCUUCCAAAUCUAUGCAAGAAGGCUGGGGCAGUGGUGGGGACGAAAUGAACCUGGGCACCAGCCAAUGGGAGGAUGAGGAUGGGGACAUGUGGAAUAAUGCUGCCUCUCAAGAAAGCAGCUCAUCCUGCAGCUCCUGGGGCAAUGCCUCAAAAAAAGGACUUCAGAAGGGCAUGAAGACGCCUGGCAAGCAGGAUGAGGCCUGGAUCAUGAGCCGGCUGAUCAAACAACUCACAGACAUGGGCUUCCCGAGAGAGCCAGCUGAAGAGGCCUUGAAGAGCAACAGUAUGAACCUUGACCAGGCCAUGAGCGCUCUGCUGGAAAAGAAGGUGGACAUGGACAAACGUGGACUGGGAAUGACCGACUACAAUGGAAUGGUCACCAAACCCCUCGGCUGCCGCCCACCAAUCUCCAAAGAGUCUUCCAUGGACCGCCCCACCUUCCUUGACAAGGAUGGCGGCCUCGUGGAAGAGCCCACGACUUCACCGUUUUUGCCUUCCCCAAGCCUGAAGCUCCCCCUUUCCAACAGUGCACUCCCUAAUCAGGCCCUGGGUGGGAUUGCCUCAGGGCUGGGCAUGCAAAACUUGAACUCUUCUAGACAGCAGAUCCCGAGUGGCAAUCUGGGUGUGUUUGGCAAUAGCGGAGCAGCACAAGCCAGGACCAUGCAGCAGCCGCCAGUGCAGCCUCUUAAUUCCUCCCAGCCCAGCCUCCGUGCUCAAGUGCCUCAGUUUCUAUCCCCUCAGGUUCAAGCACAGCUUUUGCAGUUUGCAGCAAAAAACAUUGGUCUCAGCCCUGCACUAUUAACCUCGCCAAUUAACCCUCAGCAUAUGACGAUGUUGAACCAGCUCUAUCAGCUGCAGCUGGCGUACCAACGUUUACAAAUCCAGCAGCAGAUGUUACAGGCCCAGCGGAAUGUUUCCGGACCCAUGAGGCAGCAGGAGCAGCAAGUUGCGCGCACAAUCACUAAUCUGCAGCAGCAGAUCCAGCAGCACCAGCGCCAGCUGGCCCAGGCCCUGCUUGUAAAGCAGCCUCCACCACCGCCACCCCCGCCGCACCUGUCUCUGCACCCUUCUGCAGGCAAAUCGGCCAUGGAUAGCUUCCCCCCUCAUCCUCAGACUCCCGGCCUUCCUGACCUGCAGACCAAAGAGCAGCAGUCUUCACCCAACACCUUUGCUCCUUAUCCUCUUGCUGGAUUAAACCCAAACAUGAAUGUCAACAGCAUAGACAUGAGCAGUGGUUUGUCUGUGAAGGACUCAUCUCAGUCCCAGUCACGCCUCCCUCAGUGGACACAUCCCAACUCCAUGGGUAACUUGUCUAGUGCUGCUUCUCCCCUGGACCAGAAUCCUAGCAAGCAUGGUGCUAUCCCUGGAGGUCUAAGCAUCGGGCCUCCAGGUAAGUCCUCCAUUGAUGACUCGUAUGGCCGGUACGAUUUAAUCCAGAACAGUGAGUCACCAGCCAGUCCUCCCGUAGCUGUUCCUCAUAGCUGGUCACGUGCCAAAUCUGACAGUGAUAAGAUCUCAAAUGGCUCCAGCAUCAGCUGGCCCCCAGAAUUCCAUCCCGGAGUUCCGUGGAAAGGACUUCAGAAUAUUGAUCCCGAGAAUGACCCUGAUGUCACUCCUGGCAGUGUCCCUACUGGACCUACCAUCAACACCACCAUCCAGGAUGUCAACCGCUACCUCCUCAAGAGUGGAGGUAAACUGUCAGACAUUAAAUCAACGUGGUCCUCGGGCCCAGCCUCUCACACACAAGCCUCUCUGUCUCAUGAGUUGUGGAAGGUACCCAGAAACACUACUGCACCCACCAGGCCACCUCCAGGCUUAGCCAAUCCCAAGCCUUCCUCUACCUGGGGCACCAGCCCCCUAGGCUGGACCAGUUCCUACUCCUCGGGUUCUGCUUGGAGUACUGACACCUCAGGAAGAACAAGCAGCUGGCUCGUUCUGCGCAACCUCACACCCCAGAUCGACGGUUCUACACUGCGGACGCUGUGUUUGCAGCAUGGGCCUCUCAUCACAUUCCACCUGAAUCUGACCCAAGGCAACGCUGUGGUCCGGUACAGCUCCAAGGAAGAAGCCGCCAAGGCCCAGAAGUCUCUGCACAUGUGUGUCCUGGGAAACACAACCAUCUUGGCUGAGUUCGCUGGUGAAGAAGAAGUGAACCGGUUCCUGGCCCAAGGCCAAGCCCUCCCACCCACCUCCAGCUGGCAAUCCAGCAGCGGGGGCAGCCAGCCCAGGCUGGGCUCCUCAGGCAGCACCCAUGGCCUAGUGCGCAGCGACACUGCCCACUGGAACACCCCAUGCCUGAGUGGCAAAGGCAGCAGUGAACUGCUGUGGGGUGGGGUGCCCCAGUACUCCAGCAGUCUCUGGGGCCCUCCCAGUGCUGAUGAUGCCAGGGUGAUCGGCAGCCCCACGCCUCUCAACACUCUGCUGCCUGGGGACCUGCUCAGCGGCGAGUCCAUCUAGGGGUCACCGUCACUGGGGAGGAGAGAGCUGACCAUGCCAGGCCCGGCUCUGAGGCUCCAGCUGAUGGACAAGCUGCCCCUUCGAGUACCUCUGUCCAGUUUUGAAGAUGAACCUUGGCCUCAGCCCUUGCGAACUGUUGAAGACAGUGCGGGCUGCGUUUGGUCAGUGUCACGUGCUAACGACAAGAUGUUCCUCAUAGCUUUUUAUUUUAUGUCGUCUUACGUUGUACGGUGUGUUGUCAUUUUGAGUUUUAAGUAUAAAAGCUGCUUAGAAUAGUUCUAUCAUGAA